AUGCAAAUUCAUGCUUCAGCUUUGGAAUUAUUUUUAGAGAAAAAAAAAGGAAAACUUCAAACCAAUUCUUGCACCACUCUCGCAUUUCCCAACAGACCAGCAAUGGGAAAGAACACUGUGAGAAGCUUCACACAAAGUGGAGCAAAGGAUUGCUGCUUGAAACAUGCAUUAUUGCAAUUUUCAUCACAGAUUUCAUUGUAA